GUCGUGGCUAACGGACAUGCCAGAUGGAACACUCACAACGCUUCGCCGUUGGACCAAAAAUAACCGUUUGGAUGGAGAAGGUUCCUACGUGGCGAGGCUGCGCCCGAAAGUCUAUUAUCUGGAGAAUUCAGGUACACACGCCGAGACUGAACCGCCGCCAGAGCCACCAUCCGCGUCUCGCUACUGGCUCGUUGCACGAGAGCUUGUUUGCAGAUACAGAUAACAUGGCACCAACGGAUCGUCCUUUUCUGGAGCGACUGAUACCUUUAUUUUCCAGAUCUUGUCACCCAUGUAAAUCGUACAUGGCGUGGAGCGUGCUUUUUGGACAGAUGGUCUGGAGCUGGGAGUGCUAAGGUUUGGGAUGUGCUUGAUGCACUGGACCAAGCCACUGAUUCUAGGAGACUCGGCAAUGUGUGUUCAAGCACCAGGAUUUGAUGCUACAAUGCAUCAAGUAUGAAAUUCAGUCUACUUAGUAUCACAGGUCUUGUGGAUGUCAAAGUUGAUCACAAUGAUAUAUACUAGGACGUUUAUUUGAGCGGACUAAACUUUC